GCGACCGCCAUGUCCACUGGUUGGUUGGGCUCAAAGCGGUUGUCACAUCGAACCGACUAAAGACAUGAAAAGCUCAAGCACAAGCGAGCCCGAUGUCAUACAGGAAGAUUCGCCGUUGUUUUUUGGUGAUCCUUUUCAGGUUUGUGUCGAUCCCGAAACAGCAACGGCUAGGACGAUUGCAUGCACGAGCUCGACUGAUCCUGCCUGGGUCGCCACCAUAGAUCCCAAGCUCAUAGAGUCACUACGCGAUGUAGUGAACUUUGUCGACUGAUGGAGACUGGGUCGACGUGGGCAUUCAGCUAGAGCUAGGGUCUGAUGCUUGCGUAGCACUGGAUGAGCAUUCGGGAUGGGCCAAAGAACAAAAUCGCACGAAAGCAACGCACUAUGAGCAAUGCGAUGCUGGGAGAUGCGACUCCGGGGC